UUGCGUGACUGUUCCAACUCGGAAGACUCCAAUAAUUCAACCGUGACGUUGAACUUCUACCUCUUUCAUUUAUUUCUCUAUUUGCAAGUCUACUCUUCCUAUAGUUCAAACUAGAUCUUAGUAUAUGAAAUGUCUCGCAUUCCUCAACCAUCUCCACGUCCAACAGUGAAGGCCCCCUCGUGCCACCUUCUCGCUCACGGGCUCCGUCGCCGUCCAAGCCUGCCGCCAGUGCAUCUUCCCCUCGCGCUAUUCGUAGGCCACCACCUGUCGAAAAUGAGCCACCUGAAGCUGGUCGCUCUCAAGCGAGCUGAAGCGAGAAAGGCCGUAUCUACUUCUUCAUCCCGAGUAGGCCUUGGCCAUAGUGCAGGCUUUGGUGAUUUUGAGAACCUCGAAGAUGCAGAUCCGGUGGUAGCGAAGAAGAACGAAGAAGAAACACCCGAAUUAGGGAGGUGGUCUGUGAAAGAGACCAUUGAGCGUGCUCGAAGCACAGGUGCCAUCAAUUUGUCCUCUCGCUCUCUACCAUGCAUUCCUUCUGCUUUGUUUGACAUUCAUUUGGGAGUAACUCCUGAUCCAUUGAAGUCGGUAGCUUCCGAGCCACCCAUAUCUUCCUCCACGGAUGCUUCAAGUUCGUCCAGGCGGACUGGUCAACGAGAAGUGUGGAAUAACGAUAUUGUCGAAAUACAGCACGAAAUCUCUCUCUUUGGAUCGCUGAAGACCGUUGAUUUGCAUCAAAACAAGAUUGUUCUCCUACCUGAUACCUUUGCCGACCUUACGGCUUUAACUACCCUAGAUCUUUCUCAUAAUUCCCUCGCGGCGCUACCUUCAAAUAUCUUCGCCUUACCCAAUCUCACGCUCUCCUUUGGUGCCCGGUUCUCGAAGUCUUCCUCACAGAAAGCGCGAAACGAUACCUUCAGUUCCGGGGGAUUCUUUGGUCCUGUCAUUACGAGAGCCUCAUCGCCACUACCACGCCUUUCUGUCCUGGACGCGUCUCACAAUAAACUCACCGCUUUUUCCAUAGACCACGCCAAUCUGCCUCCGUUGAUCACAAAAGCUGACUUUGCCGCGAAUCCCUUAGCUUUGGGAGACUCGAACUCGACAGCUGCAUUUAUUCGAGCCCUUAGUCAUUUGGAACUUCUCAAGGAACUUCGUUGUGAAACCGCCGACAUCGGCGAUGAUGCUUUCCCCAGUGACUUAUCCACUUCGAAAAUCCAUUGUUUCCCUCGGUUGCAGAUCCUUGAUAUGGGUGAAACUCGGGCUACCAUGGAAGGCUUGCAAUCUGCGUUGUCUGGGCUAAAGCAGGAUAUUACGUACGAUUUCACUACUGAGCAGCCUCCCGAUGGCACUCUGAGGGUGUCUGUCGGCAAAAAGGUUGUUCGGGAAGCUUGGGAGAUAGAGGCAGAAAGAAGGGUGAAGAGCCGUGUGUCUAAAAGUGUGGCAGAUGCGGAAAGUACUGGUGGUUCCAGCAAAAUGGACGUAGGCCAAAACAAUGCGGAUGUAGUCAAGGAGGCUUGGGAGAUCGAGGCAGAACAGGGUUUGUUAACGGAGGCGGCGGCGGCAAUGCCUGCAGCAGAUAUUGCAACACCUUUGAAGCCUAGCUCCCUUAUCGGACACGGGCGCCCACCUACGCCUGCUAGCACCUCGCAACCAUCAUCGAGCACAAGUUUAACGAAUCCGCAAUACUACCAUGCUACCACUCAAACGCUCACUUUACCCCCGCUCUCAGCUCCGACAAAGAGUCAUGCUCGAUCCUUCUCUUUAGCAACUCCAUUCUCGAGUGCACCAUCCUCUCAAGGCAAAACUGAUUUUGCCCUGCCUACAUUGACACUUCCCCUCGUUGCCAUAUCAGCUCAGUCGUUUGCACAGACGCUUAAGAUUCUCGUGUUACGCAACCGCAAAUUCGAUCUUUGCGUUUCUCUCCCAACCACUGGCGAGGUCUUACUCCCAAGCCUGGAGGAACUCGUUCUGGAUGGGUGUGGAUUCGGUGAUCAAGUCUCCGUGUCGCAUCAAAUUGACACGGGGACUACCACACCUCCGCGCUCGAACGAUACACUUCUACCUUUAUUGACGCGCUUUUUCCCGAGUCUUCGAACGUUGGAUUUAUCUUAUAACGCUCUUACGUCAGCUUCGCUGCGGCAGGACAUCUUGUCUUCCCUCAUCCUGGCAGACAACUCCAAUUCCCGUAAAGGCCUCAGGCAUCUCAGACUCCGUGGCAAUCGAAUCGACGAACUUGAUGCUUUCCAGGGCAUCGCAGAUCUGUUCAAAGGUAACCGUUCGGUGCCCGAUUGGAAAUUAGAGGAACUAGACCUCAGAGACAACGAGAUUUCCAAGCUUCCUGCAGAACUUGGUCUUUUGCCUUUGGACGUCUUCUUGGUGGAUGGUAACUUGUUCCGUAUACCUCAGAGGAAGGUUUGGGAAAGGGAAGGGACGAGGGGCCUUUUGAGCUGGCUGAGAGGUCGCUUGGAAUGAUACCCACGCUGAUGUGACUCCUUGCAUUGGUCUUCCUUAGUUUGAUAGUGAUGAUUUCUCCCGCUGUCUUUAAAUUGCGAGUUGAUGGUGUCUUUUGAUUCA